GGGCGCUCCUCGGGAACAUCUGCCGCACGUGGCGCCGAUACUUACCGCCUUUGUUAGUCAAUCACUUUUGUCGGAAAAAUUGCCCAUAAAACCGCCCCACGUCUUCAGUCCGCACUCACUUCUCUCCAGACUUCCACCGAGAGCGUGCCGACUUCUUCCCGACUUCAGUUCCACACGUCUUUGUUCCUGACGACAUGGAGAGAGCAGCCGACUGUCCCCGUCCCGCAGGCUACUCCGGGUCCCGGGCCGAGUGGGUCCUGAAGAGAGCCAACGACUUCGACACCAAGGCGCGGUCGUUCCGCUGUGGUCGGUGCGAGCAGCCGGCGGCCUGGGUCUGUCUGGACCCGGUCUGUGUGUCCUACAACCGCGACAGAGUGGUACCGCUGUGUGACAGCUGCGACAAGCGGUGCCACCCGACCUCCAGCCCCGCCAUGCACAGCCACCGCCGCCUGGGAGUCGUCCUCUACAUCUCCAUGCUGAUGCUGCACCGCUACCAGAAGGUCGUCGGUCUCGUCAUGACGGCUUCUCCCGCCAACAGUCGCCCGUCCACCCCCGUCUCCACCCGCCCUGACGAGGUCACCUCCUCCCAGUCUCCGACAACCUCAGCCCGGCCUUCCUCCGUCCUGUCACCGCCAGUGUCUCCGGUAUCGUCCCUCCCACCCAGCCCUGACAGCACCGUGAGCAGCACGAAGAGAAAGCGGUGCAGCGACGACAUCGAGCCCGAGCCCGUCGCCAAGGUGAGCCGUACCGAGUCUACCGACCGCUCGGGCCGCUUCUCCCUCGCCGCCGACCUGCGACCCAUCCACGAGUCGUACGGCCGGAUCCUGAAACGUCUGAGGGCGGACCGGUCUCUGUCCGUCUCCGAGGCCUGCAUCCACGAACCUUUCGGCAAGCUGACCGUCAGAAACUACGCCGCCAUCGCCGAGCUGAAGAUCGCUGACGCCAAACUCUACACCUCCGUGCUGGACAGCUACAUGAAGCAGGGCGACGGGAGCGGCACGCUGUCGGGGUUCGAGCGGGAGUGUCAGCAGGUGUUGUCCGGGUUCGUCCAGCAGGUGGCCGCCAUGAGGACCAGGGGAGAACUCUUGCCCAGCUCUCAGUAAAGACUCAAACCAAAGACUCUGUCCAGAAAACCAAAAUGCUGUUUUUAAAAUGUAUGCAAAAGCUGAAUUGUAUAACCACAUUAUACCAGCACUAACAACACUGGUACUCAUGUAUAUAAUGUAUAUAUAAGAUGUAAAUAUUGUACGUUUUUGUUAAGUUGAAACCGUUGUCA